AUGGUUACCAUCGCUAUCCUACGACCCGCGCGCGGCACAAAGCUGUCGCAAUUCACUGCGCGCUCUCUCCAGGCCACCGCCGCCUUCGCUGCCCGCCGCUCCUUCUCCUCCUACCUCGUCACCCCCAAGGAGCUCGACGAGGCCCUCAAGAAGAAUCCCCCCUCCAAGAUCAGCCCCGAACCGCGCACCAUUCCCCUUUGCGCCUCCUGGUUCCUUCCCAACGAUGGCCGCACCGGCAUUGAGGUCUACCGUCAACAGCGGAUUCCCAAGGCCCGUUUCUUCGAUCUCGACAAGGUCAUUGACCGCCGUAGCGAGUACCCCCAUAUGCUGCCUUCCGCCAAGGACUUUGCAGCGGCCAUGAGCGAGCUGGGCAUCCGUAAGGAGGACACCGUCGUCGUCUACGACACCAAGGAGCUGGGCAUCUUCAGCGCCCCGCGCGUCGGCUGGACCCUCAAGAUCUUUGGCCAUCCCAAGGUCCACGUACUGAACAACUUCAAGCUCUGGGUCGAGCAAGGUCUUCCUACCGAGUCUGGCGAGCUCUAUAAUGUCGAGUGCUGUACCUACCCCAUCCCCAAGUUGGAUGAGGGUAAGGUCGCUGAGUUCGAGGAGGUGCGCGAGAUUGCGCUGGACCACAACAAGGAGGGCGCAGAGGGUGUACAGAUCCUUGAUGCGCGGUCUCCCGGCCGUUUCGCGGGCACCGAUCCGGAACCCAGGCCUGGUCUGUCGUCUGGCCACAUGCCCGGCUCCAUUAACAUCCCGAUGACCGCUGUCCUGGAUCCCGAGACCAAGACGUUCUAUCCCGCGGAGAAGCUCAAGCAGAUUUUUCAGGAGAAGGGUGUCAACCCUGAGAAACCCAUCGUCUCGAGCUGCGGAACCGGCGUAACUGCCUGUGUCAUUGAGACCGCUCUCGAGGAGGCUGGAUGGGGCUCUCCUGAGACGCGCAGAGUCUACGAUGGAAGCUGGACUGAAUGGGCACAGCGGGUCAAGCCUUCUGACUCACUCAUCAGGAAGAACGAAUAA